ACGAUACGAGAUGCGGUUCAGCACUUGGCGUCCACACUCGGUUCCGCGAGCCACGGUGCUUGUGCAUCUCAACUGAGAGCCUCAUCCGUACACUUUCACGUGACGUGUUUUUGUUGCUUAGCUUCUUUUGGAUUGAUUUUCGCUGCAGCGACCCUGCCUUUGUUGAUCUUUAUUAGUUUAAUAAUCCGCAGGAAGAAGCCAUCGAUAAGAGAGACAGUCAGUGGAAAGUGUCACAUGAUGAAGCACGGUAGUCUGCAAAUCGUCUUUGCGGUGUGGGUCGCAGUGGUGCUGAAUGACUCAGCAAAGAGUAGUCCGUUACCUGAACAACUCUCGAGGGGUACCACUCGGUCACAGGGGUUAGGUGAUAUUCAGUCGUCUUCACCAAAUGAUUAUUCGGACGCCAUCUACGCAGGCAAGUUUGCCAUUGAACUUGACCGACUGGAACAGCAACAAAAGGAUGUUUAUGAAGACUUCAUCACUGCUGGAUUUGCAGAACAGGAUAUUCCCCGUGAUCUACCGGGUCGCCUGCAAAAGCUGUCUAGGACCUCUAACAUUCCUGAGGCAGGAGAAUUCACCGUUUCUGGACCGGUUGGGUUCAGGUUUCCUUCAGAGGAAGGCAUAGUUAGAAAUCCGUCCAGGGCCGCCACCAGUUCUGUUCCAGCAGGCUUCGCGAUCACUCCACCCCCUUCCCAGAGGCGACGACAACGCGUUUUCCAUAACGGCUUCAGAACGGUGACGCCCUUCCCACCAGGCCCUGAACAGGACACUCUGUUUUCCUUCAACCACAGAUUGGGCGGUUCGCUGUAAAGGACCCACUCAGAUUUAGGUUUCAUGGCGAUGAACCCCCGGGGGAAAUUAAAACAGAGAAAUUAAUAUAUUUAUAAAAUUAAUCAUUGUAUUUUAUCAUCAUGUACUAUGUUUCAGUGUUUAGCCAAUUACAGUCAGCGAAUUAAUUUUGGUUGCACCGAAAAUGUUCUAAAUGUCAGUAAUGAAAGACACAGAUAAAGAGCAAAUCAAAAUGUAAACAUGAAUUCUUGGUCAUAAACAAAGUUUAUAUCCAAUGAAAAAUAAAAGGAGCAUUUGACACUCUUCCUAUGCAGAAAGUCAAACCUAGAAAUCCAGUAAUUGUAUUCAUUUGAUUAAACAAAUGUACUUAUCGCCGAUGUAAACAUUGAUGGAUUUUGGAUUUUUUCCGUGUUUGUGAGGUCCUUUUUUCGAGCUGUGAAAUGGCUAUAUACAGUUACCUUUGUUUUUUUGAAAUGGCUUUAUAAAGUUACUUUUGUUUUUCUGACCACCUGUCAUCUAAUUUUGUUCGUCAUUGUUUGCUUCUUUCCAUGUUAUAAUUUCUAACGCACUGACAAGCAGCCUAAUCUUUGCUCGAGUCACCACUGAAUGUUUCCUUUGCUCUUAGGUCUUACUGUGAUCUUGCAUGCAUCGCUUCACCGUUUAUGCUUUUCUUCAAACCUACACAUUCCGGAUCUCGAAAUCUUGCCCAGACGCAUUGAUACUAGAAAUAAAUUUCCUUGCCUGUUAAUCCAGUACAAAA